AUGGAACAGGCAAAAAAAGUGAUUCUUCUGCCUCAAGAAAGCGUGGAUCAAUUGCGAAGCGCAUUCCUCAACGAUGGUCUGAAGUCUGUGCAAACGCUGGGCACAACAAUGAGUCGGCUCGAAGCAGAAAUGAACGACAUCUUGAAUUUACCAUAUACCAAUGUGCGAGAAAAAUGGAAGAAAUACCAACAAAUUUUACAACGAUAUUUGCUCCUUAGAGAAUUAUACGGCGAAAAAAAAAGACAUACUGACACGAUCACGGAGAGCACCAAGGUAUUGCAAGAUUACGAUCCCUCUGACGACGACGUUGACGAGGACGAAGAGAAGCGUAAAGAGGAGGAAAAGCAGGAUACCGAGGUUAUCGAAAGCGUACCGAAAAAGUUUCGUCAAAAAGCUGCACUUUUCAAACGACGAUUUCGCGCUACUGGUUACUUUGAGUGGAAUAAUGAACAUACCGUCAUCAUAGGUGGCGUUCGCAUACCACAGUCAAACAUUGUCGAUCUGGUGAGCGAUGCCUUGAGGAACAGGAAAAAAUCCAUACCAGUGGGCCGUGAUCCGUUUGAAGUGGCACUUCGUAUGGCAAACAUUCCGCAAGAGUGUGUUGGAAACGCUCAAAAUCCAAGGUACAACGUUGGAGAUUUAGUUCGUAUCAGUAAGACGAGAAGUGUAUUUGCCAAAGAUUACGAAAGCGGUUGGACCUUAGAGUUGUUUAGAAUUUUACGUAUCUCUUGCAUACAACAACCUCCAGUUUAUUUUCUCAGAGAUUUGGCUGACAAAGACAUUGAUAGUUUUUUUUACGAGGGAGAGUUGAGCAAAGUGCGUAAGGAAUUGAACGAGAGCUUCUUCGAGGUUGACAAGAUACUGAAAAGUCAAGGUAAAGGACGUUCUAAAGAAUUUUUUGUCAGCUGGAAGGGAUAUCCUAAAAAAUUUAAUUCCUGGGUGAAAGGUUAUUAUUUAAAAGAUAUAAAAUGA